GACCCCGCGCGGUAAAAGCGCCAAGUUUUGGAUUCAGCUGUGGACGUAUGCUUAUUUUACAGUGCGUUGAUACCAAUUGCAUUUAGCGAUGUCUUUGACGAACUUAUUACCUGCUCCCACCCAGGUGGUGUGGGACAGGGAGGACGAGGCACGUGAACAGAAAUUGCGCCAGAGACCAGUCUCAGCAUUGGUCAAAGCCGUUGUUACUGCACCACCUUAUGGACAGCGACGAGGAUGGGUGCCACGCAAUCCAGAAGACUUUGGAGAUGGAGGAGCUUUUCCUGAAAUCCACGUUGCACAAUAUCCACUUGGAAUGGGGAUGAAAGGUAAAGAAUCGACAAGCAAUGCCUUGGCGAUACAACUUGACGCUCAGGGAAAAGUAAAAUAUGAUCUUAUAGCGAGACAAGGUCAUAGUAAAGAUAAAAUUGUCUAUAGCAAGUUGACAGAUUUACUGCCAUCAGAAAUUACAAACGAGGAAGAUCCUACUCUGCAACGACCUCUUGAUGAUGAAAUUGAUGAAAUUACGGAUAAGACAAAGAAAGCAUUAGAAAAAAUAACAAGAUCAAAGAUUGCAGCAGCUAUGCCUGUGAGAUGUGCUGAGAAACAAGCUCCAGCUCAAUAUAUACGUUAUACACCAUCGCAACAAGGACAGUCAUUUAACUCAGGUGCAAAGCAGAGAGUCAUCAGAAUGGUAGAAGCACAAAUAGAUCCCUUGGAACCACCAAAGUUCAAAAUUAAUAAAAAGAUUCCACGGGGACCUCCGUCUCCUCCAGCGCCUGUCAUGCAUUCUCCCACGAGAAAAGUGACCGUAAAGGAACAAAAAGAAUGGAAAAUCCCACCAUGCAUAAGUAAUUGGAAAAAUGCAAAGGGUUAUACAAUUCCAUUAGACAAACGUCUUGCUGCAGAUGGUCGAGGUUUGCAGCAAGUUCACAUUAAUGAGAACUUUGCCAAGCUAGCAGAAGCUCUUUAUAUUGCUGACAGGAAAGCCCGUCAAGCUGUCGAAAUGCGUGCGCAGUUAGAGAAGAAAUUAGCUCAAAAGGAAAAAGAAAAGAAGGAGGAUCAUUUGAGGCAACUCGCACAAAAGGCCCGAGAAGAGCGCGCCGGCUUGAAAUCUGCUGCCACAUUAGAUAAGGCUGAAGAAUCGCGCGAGAGAGAUCAGCUUAGACAAGAGCGACACAAGGAUCGCGCUCGCGAACGUAAUUUGGCUCGUGCCGCACCUGACAAACGCUCUCGUUUGCAACGCGAACGCGAGCGUGAUAUUAGCGAACAAAUCGCUCUCGGUUUACCUGCGAAAAACAUUCCUAAUACGGGAGAGGCGCAAUUCGAUCAGCGUCUCUUUAAUACUAGUAAAGGAAUGGAUAGCGGUUAUGGACACGAUGACGAAUAUAACGUCUAUGAUAAACCAUGGAAAGAUGGCAAUUCCAUUGCUUCGCACAUUUAUCGUCCCAGCAAGAAUAUCGAUAAAGAUACAUAUGGAGACGAUCUGGAAAAAUUGGUUAAGACAAACAGAUUUGUUCCUGAUAAGGAAUUUAGUGGAACUGAUAGAUCAGUCACGCGAUCGGGACCAGUUCAGUUUGAGAAAGACGAAGAAGAUCCUUUCGGUCUGGAUCAGUUCUUGAAGCAAGCUAAGCGCGCCAGUAGCUCGACUACAACAACAACAAAACGCAAAGAAGAACGAGACCAACGUAGAGACGAUCGUGAUAAACGAAGGAAGCAUUAAGCAUUUUGCGAAAGUUUUUUAAAAAUUUAUUCCGUAUUAUAGCGAGAAUAUAUUGUACACUCAUAUUUUAGUGUUACAAAAAUAAUAGUGGACAUGAUGUUUCGCCAUCGUAUUAGAAUGGGGAAUCACAGUUUAAUCUUUAAUUAUUGCUAAUUUGUAGAAAAAAAUCUUAUAUGACAUAUAAAUUACAGCUAAUAAAAUUUGCGGAUAUUGCUAUGUCAUUGUAUUUACACUUCCUUUUAAUAAAGCAAAAUUUCUUUA